AUGGGCGUUCUGCGUUCGUCUUCCAUGGACACUCCAGAUGCACCACCGGUCUGGGCAGAACACUACUCCUCCUCAUCCAUAAAACCACCCUCUGACAUGCAGGAUACCGUCGAUCGAGGCCGUUUCGUCACUCCGGUGCAGAUUGUGAACGGCUACGCACAGCCCCACCUCCUGCCACCGAGUCCCAGCCCCGUAAUGGGAUUCAGCAGGGUUCAUGGAAUGUCAGCUGCUCCUCCACGAGCAUCUCCUGAGUGUACUAGCAUGGGCCAGUCGAUUCAGCAGAGUAAACAGCUCAAAGCCUCGCCCUACUGUGUGACCAGUAACCUCCACGAUACACUGGACUCCAGUUUUGUC